UAACGAUGAAUCUCCUGAAUCUGCACAGCCUUUGUGAGUCUAGUUUCCUUGGUGAAGUAGUGUGUGAAUGAUGUGUGUGAGUGAAGUGUGUGAGUGAAGUGUGUCACUACACACCAGAGGCAGCAGUCAGUCACCACGGAGUGUCUGCCGUUAGCUCACCACAGUUUGGACACUCUGCUCCGAUGAAAUAUGUGAGGAAGACUUAAUGAUAUGGCUUUGAAAGAUGCUGAGAUGUGAUGUCUUGGUAACUUAGCAGUCCUCGCGGCAAUGUAAAAGACAUAAAGAUAGCAGUUAAUGAUGGCGACACUGUCCCACACAUGGACCAUCCUCACUGCUGUCACUGUGUUGACCGCGCAUCUAUGCGAGGUUAAGAAGUGCUGCAAGCUCGAGUCCAGUGCUGGAAUUGAUGUGCUGCUAGGCUCCAGUUUUAGGAUUUACUGCACCAAUUUAACGGUUCCCUGCAGAAAAAAAUUCUACGGCCAAAAUAACGCACCACUGCCCCCACAAUUAUUGAAUUCUACAACUAUAUAUUACGACGUGGUUAAUAUAACGGAGAAGAAAACAUAUAGCUGUAAGUGUCGUUCCUCUGGCUGUGACUCCUGUGGACAGGACUUCUCAACUGGAUAUCCACCAGAGUGCCCUAAAAACAUUUCAUGCACCUACAAAGUAAAGAAUAGUGAUAGUGGAGAUGUGAACUGCAGUUGGGACAGAGGACGGGAUACUUUUCUGAAGAAUGAUUUAACACUUGAGAUGAGAAUUUUAUCAAAAAACCAUACACAUGCACCGAUGCUGGACAGCUUCUCCAGUAAGGCAACUGAUCGGUCUGCUAGCGUCCCUGUGCCCGGCUCCGUCCUGAUGAUCGCUGUGUGGGUCCAAGCCAAAAAUGCAUUGGGCUUUGCAGCUUCCAUCCACAAGAACUACACACUGAGUGACAUUAAGAUGCCAUCGACUCCUGUUCUUCGCCAACCGGAUUGCACUUCCCAAGAGUGCAUCAUCACAGUGGAGCAGCCUGUGAUGACUCAGCACCUGGAGAUCCAAUACAGAGCGGACACACAGACAUGGACAUCUUCUCCAGACUCAGGUGUGCAGAUGAGAUCAGUGCAGGUUGCCUCUCUGGAGCCUUACACGUUGUACCACUUCAGAGUGAGAUCCAAAUUCACCACCGGCCUGUGGAGUCUGUGGAGCGCUAGCAUUUCCAACUGGACUGAAGAGGAAGCUCCUGCCAAAGAGUUGGAUGUGUGGUACGCUGAACCGGCCUCUGACUUUAGAUCCCUGACAGUUUAUUGGAAGGAGCUGAGCAUUUCUGCUGCCAAAGGGAAAAUCCUUUCAUACAGAGUCCGAGUUUACAGCCCAAACUCUGGGCAGAACAUCACUAACGUUAGCGCCGAAGCCAGGAGUUAUUCGGUCCCUUUCUGUGCCGAAUGUGAAGUGUCAGUGUGGGCUUGCAACUCCAAAGGGUCGUCCCCUCCAGCCAUUAUUACAUCUGAAUACACAAAAGUGAAGCUGAGGCAUUUAGAUCCCCUUCAAGAUGUGCACAAAGUUGCAGACAACCUCAGUGUCACCCUCUCCUGGAGGAAGCCCUACGCUGCAGUGAGGCGGUCUGUGGUGGAGUGGUUCCCCAAGGGCCACACAAUGGAGCUCAGAUGGGUCGGACUGGGCCCUAAUGAAAACCAUGUUGUUAUAACAGAUGUUAAGCCAUUUGAGUGCUACGAGGGAGCAGUGUAUGUUUUCUAUAAUGAGAGCUCAGUGAGAAGGACCAGAUUUACAGGGGUCACUACUCUGGAAUCAGCCCCAGCAGCUGUUCCAUCAGUCCAGGAGACGGUUGAGGGGAAGCAGGUGAGAGUGACCUGGGCAGAGAUUCCCAGGGGUCAGCGCGGAGGUUGUCUCACAAACUACAACAUCUAUUUAGAGAACCAAGACAACCAAGAACACAGGAAGCAUUACUCCAUACAGGCAUCGCAGCGUGAGCACGUCAUCAAGGACUUGUCUUCAGGCACCUACAAACUGUGUAUGACAGCCUCCACCGCUAAUGGAGAAGGACCUGCAGGGAAACCGAUAACGUUCUUCAUGCAGCAGGAGAGCCAACUCUCCCCUCUACUGGUGUGUGCAGUGGCCGCCCCGAUCGUAGUAGUCCUGGUGUGUCUGUACCACAGCUCAGCAGUCAAGCAGAGGUUUUGGGUGUAUUUCCAGUGCCUCAUGCUCGACGUUGUGCCAGAUCCUGCUAACAGCAAGUGGGCAAAAGAGUGUAUUCAGGAUAAGGGCAAGAUGAACCUCCAGCUGCAGCUGAGUAACUCCAGUGGAGCAGAGGAGGAAGAGGAGCCCAUCCUGGUGGACGUGGAGGAGCUUCCUCAUCCCACCAGCCUGAGUCCUGAGACAGAGACGGUCACAGUCCUCUACCCUCGGACCACCUACAUCAAGAGCUUCUCCCACGACUCAGACAGCUCCGACCUGCGGCAGACGUCCAUGGACACCAACAGCACCGUCGACUACAUCUCAUCACACGGAGUGGGAAUAAUGGAUGAGGAGGAGGAGGAAGAGGAGGAGGAGGAAGAGGAAAUGCUGGGUUUCUUCCCCAGUCACAACAUCUUCAUCGAGCCGCUGGAGUUUGGAGGGAAGUUGACUCUGAAUGCGGUCAAAAUCGACUGCGGUGACUUAUUUCCGAACAGUGCGUUUUGACCUGAAACCAAAACUCUUUGGUGAGAUGAGUGAAAGCCAUCUUUAGAGGAAGAGGAUGGCUACACAAAAAGACAUUGGUCACAAUGACCGGAGCUGGUGACCAGGUUCCUCUUUAUUUCUGUUCCGUGUCUUUGUUGUUACACAUCUUGUUGUGAUGUGCAUGAACACUUGCUUGUUGAAAUCAGAAGAAACCGUCAAUAGUCUUUCAUUAUGUUUCAGCAGUAAUACUUUUUAUUUUCAUUUUGUGCAUUACCAUGGAUUUGUCUUAAGAGCUUUGAACACACCAACACUUGCGAGUGUAACAAUCCAUCGAUCUGGAUCCAUAUACUGUAUAAUAACUCACUGAUUUACAAUACAAAAUAUGCAUAACUGAGUUUACACCGGUUGAGGAAUUUCAGAGCAUUGCCUGUUUUUCUCUCGCCGCCUGAUGUAUUUGUUCCUAGUGUUAAUAAAUAUGGUAAAAUGGCAGUGAUAAUCUUAAAUUAAUAUUAAGAAUAUGAAUGAUAUUUUGUGUUUGAUAUAAAUAAUCUGGUUCUGAUAAAUGAUAAAAUAGUGCCU